ACUCCUUCCCGCACCCCCACACACCUCAGGUUCUUCUCUACAACUUUCAUUUUUUUACCACCUCCCAUGAAAAACCAAUAUUCUUUUUUGAGAAAAAAGUUUAUAUUCUGCAUAUUCUCACAAAAGCAAUAAAAAUCUGCAUUAUAAGAGAGAGAGAGUGGACAUUUCUCCUUUGUGUUGCUUAAGAUUAGCCAUUCAUUCUCAGUCUAGUUUUUCUUGCUUCCAAAUCUAAUACUCCCUCUGUGUGUGUGUGUGUGUGAGAGAGAGAGAGAUCUAAAUCUACAUCUUUUAGCUAGUGUCGUUAAGGGAAGACGUAUUGAGAAAUUGUGAAGAAGAUGAUAGAUAAGCUAAUUUCAAUUGGUUCCACUGAUCCAGUCAGUGGAUCCAAUCCUCAACCUGCAGUAAAGAAGAAGAGAAGCCUUCCGGGAACCCCGGAUCCUGAAGCAGAAGUGAUAGCCUUGUCCCCAAAGACUUUAAUGGCGACCAACAGAUUCUUAUGUGAAAUCUGUGGAAAGGGUUUUCAGAGGGAUCAAAAUUUGCAACUCCACAGAAGAGGACACAACCUGCCAUGGAAACUGAAGCAAAGGAGUAGCAAAGAAGUGCGAAAACGAGUUUACGUCUGCCCAGAAAAGGGCUGCGUCCACCACCAUCCUUCGAGGGCUCUCGGAGACCUAACCGGCAUAAAAAAGCACUUUUGUCGAAAGCAUGGGGAGAAAAAGUGGAAGUGUGAGAAAUGCUCUAAACGAUAUGCUGUGCAGUCAGAUUGGAAAGCGCACUCCAAGACUUGUGGUACUAGGGAAUACAAAUGUGACUGCGGGACUAUAUUUUCAAGGAGAGAUAGCUUCAUCACUCACAGGGCAUUUUGUGAUGUCUUAACCGAGGAAACAGAAAGAGUUAAAGCAGCAUCUCAAAUGGAAAACCAUGCAGGGCAUAUCAAUUAUCAGUUCUCAUUAGGGCCUAAUAUGGGGCAGCAUUUCUCUUCCAUUUUCAAGCCAACUUCAAGCAACCCUCAAAAUGUCAAUUAUCCAAUGACAAGAGGCAUUUCACUGUGGAAUAUGAGCCAGCAGCCUCUCCAAAGUCAAGAAACACUAUACAAAAAUCUCCAAGAAAUGCAUCAAAUGGGAAUUUCUGUCAGUUCUGGAGGUGCGAUAUACAGUUGUUCUGAUCCACUUGUUAAUCCCUGCUCAUCAAACCCUCCUGCACCAUCCAGUAGUUAUCAGUUGAAUUGGGAUUUUGCUAAAAAUCUUAAUCCCUCAAAUGCUGCUGAUAAUCAGUUAAACUGCAAUUCACUUCCUUUGAGUAAUAUUAAUGUUAAAGAUGUGGGAAAUCAUCAACUUGCUGGGAGUGUUCCGUCCUUGUUUAGCACUCAACAACAAUCCCAUCAACAAUCCUCAGUAGCAAACACGUCUGCUACAGCUUUAUUGCAGAAAGCUGCCCAAAUAGGAGCCACCACAACUGACCCAUCGCUCAUAGGGAACUUUGGCCUCAACUGCACCAAAAAUCAAGUCCAAAACGCAGUAACUACUGGUCUUGGCAGUGAUUUUUCUGCAUUGAAUCAGCUUCAAAUGUACCCAUCUAUGAGCCAUCAUAUGCAGAAUCAAGAAAACUUCACAGAGGGAGAAACCAGGGAUUUUCUUGGUGUAGGCAUACAGUCCAUCUGCCAUCCAUCAUCAAUCAACGGAUGGAUAUGAUUGUCAUGGGGAGUUAAUUUGCUGAUUUACAUGAUUAUUUUCUCGAGGGAAGGUAGUUAAAGAUUAAUAUAAAGGGGAGUUUGAUGCUGAGAGAGAGGAUGGGAUAAAGGUGGCAUUUAGUGGUGGAUGAGAGCCAAAAAGCUGAAUACAAAAAACUAUAUGUAUAUCCGAGAAUUGAAGUGGAAGAUCCAUGCAUAUUCUACCAAAUGGUGGCAUUUUUAUUUUUUUAGCAAAAGGGAAUGUGAAGUGGCGGCAAAGGGAAUGGCCCUUUUCAACUCCAUUAUUGCAAUAUGUUCCAUUUAUAUUCUAGUUGUUAUCUUCACAAACUGAAUUUUAAAAAGAUGGAA